CAGUUGUAUGUUUGCAGAGAUGAUGAAACCCGUGUUUAGAUGGUACACAGAGCCGGUUUGAUGGUGUCCACAAGGUGAGUAGGUGAAAGGUGACCCCGGUUGAACGUCGCGGGGGGCGUGUCGUGACGUCACGGAACAAUGGUGCGAUCUGAACGUCCGAGUUUAUUACAGAAGAGUCCAGACCGAAGCGGAGCUCAGAAAGUCUCUCAGCACCGUGAAUCCGACGCGCAAUCGGGGCAAUAAACGCUCGUAACCUUGACUGACCUCAAGUCAACGCACGGCGCUGAAGUCCACUCGCAUAUGCCGGUCGCGAGCGCCUGAACGGCGGAUUUCGUUUCCACGGUGGCUACUGAAGCUGGAGCGCGUGACGUCUUCUGGCGUGCGUACAAUCGUGACUUUGGCUCUGAGCGAUCCGUAGACGUCGCGCAGAAGGGGCUCUUCACAAACCGUCUCUCACAUGAUGUACACAAUAACCAGAGGUCCCAGCAAAUUUGUUACACAACGGAGAACAGGGCCUACGCAACAGAUUGAGAGCAAAGCGACCGACCUGAAACCCAAGCAAAGCCACUGGCUCGUACCGGAUUCACCAGCGCCUAAGAUUGUAUUUCACCGGCUGAACGGAAAGCGGUUCCACAGAUCAACCUCUCCGAAAGCCGAAAACACCAGUGAUGGAUUCACCCCAGCACACGAGGAAAAUGUUCGGUUUGUUUACGAGGCUUGGCAGGAGGUGGAACAGAAGCUCGGAGAGGGAUCCCAGCCGGAGAACGGGAAAGGCCUGGUUCAGUACGCAGAGAGAAGCCCCAAUCCCGGCAUGAAGAAUUUUGUGCCUAUUGAUCUAGAGGAGUGGUGGGCCAAGCGUUUCCUGGCCAACAUUGCCAACCUGUCAUGACAGGUGCAUGAUGGGGCAUGAGUGCGAGGUGUGUCUGAGCGGUCCGGACUGAGGCAGUGCAGCCUGACUCUGCUGAUGAGCUUAGGUGAUCAUGCCAGAGAUUCGCACACUUCCUGUGAAACUGUUUGCCCAGCCAGAUCCAGACUCCCUCUCAUGCACACGGAAGAUGAUCAGAUUUUUCUUCUGCUUUUCUUUCUUUGUUAGAAAGUGAGAUGUCUGUUUUUCUCAGCAGCUCUUUGCAAAAAAAAAGUGAUGUUAUAAAACAACCCAAAAAAAAGUCCAGUAAAAAGUUUUUCCAAGA